UCCUGGAGCGAGUGUGUCUGGACGCGGGGCGGCCGUCUCCAGAGGCGGCGGUCUUCUGGUGCCGUCCGCGUCCGGCGCAGGUGCAGAAGCCCGCGGGCUUCGGCCUCGGGCGUCAGGCGAUGGCGGCGGGGGCCCGGAUGGAGGAUGGUUCCUUGGAUCUCACCCAAAGUACUGAGGAUGACCCCCUUCUGGACAUCCAGCAUCUCCCACAUUACUUGUUACAUGCGCAUUUUAGACCCAGAUUCCACCCUCUUCCUACCGUCAUCAUAGCAAAUCUUCUCCUGUUAAUACAUGUUGUGUUUGUGAUUUUAGCAUUUUUAACAGGUGUGCUUUGUUCUUACCCUAAUCCAACUGAGGACAAGUGCCCGGGAAACUAUACCAACCCCCUGAAAGUUCAGACAGUCAUAAUCCUUGGAAAAGUUGUUCUGUGGAUUCUGCACGUCUUUCUUGAACGCUACAUGCAGUAUCACCACAGCAAAGUGAGAAACCACGGCUAUACCACAAUCUACCGAUCAACACGGCAUCUCAAAAGACUAGCGCUGAUGGUGCACUCUGCUGGCAACACGGCGCUGCUCCUCACGCUGUGUGUGCAGCACUCCUUCCCGGAGCCCAGCAGACUGUAUCUGGACCUCAUUCUGGCCAUCCUGGCCGUGGAGCUGGUCUGUUCGCUGACCUGUCAGCUCAUUUACGCAGUGAGAAUUCGAAAAUUUAAUAAAGCCAAACCACAGCCUGAUAUACUUGAAGAAGAAAAAAUCUAUGCUUACCCCAGCAAUAUUAAGUCAGAGACUGGAUUCAGGACUGUUUCAAGCCUGGAAGAAAUUGUUGAAAAGCAAGGAGACAUAAUAGUAUACCUGAAGCGACACAAUGCCCUGCUAAGUAAGAGGUUGUUGGCUUUCACUUCUUCUGACCUGGGCUCUCAGUCACAGAGAAGGUGAAAGGCUCAAGGUCGAGAUAGCAAUUGCAGAGGAACCCAGAGUAAUUUAAGACUGAUUACCUGACAAGCUGCCAUAGGGAGUUGCAGCUUUUGCCAGGUAACAUUUUACAAUUUGUAUUGGAAACCUGAAUUUGGUUCUUAACUUGUGUGGCUAUUUAAUAUGCUUGCGGAUAAUUUGAAAGGAACUUUGUAGAGCCUUGAUAAAUUGAGGAGAAUAUCUGUUUUCCGUGUUUUGAAAUUAUUUGUUGGUUUAUCCAAAGAUCAAAGGUAUGGUUUAAACAUAACCUUGCCAAAACUUCUUCCAUGUGACAUUAAAACCCUGUAGUAAUUUGGCUAUUUAUAGAGGAAGUCUGACAUGAUAAUCUAUUUUAAACAAGGUUUGAUCAAAUAAGUUAUUCCCACUUUUAAAUUGAUAAAAGAAGACAUUAUUUCUUGUGAUUAAUGUUUUUUUUACUCCCAAAGAGCUUUAUCAUGGACUUUGUAUGCUUGUGUGGUAUUGGCCUGUGUAGCUUUUAUGAACAAUUUUCUCAUUGUAGGACCAAAGUCUUAGUAGGUGAUUUAUCCUGCAAACCCCUACAGUUUUCUACUCCAGAAAUAAGGAAUGAAGAUGACUUGGACCAGUAUUACACUAACCAGUGAUGCUUGUUCCAUAGAAGCACCUUCCAUCGGCAAUAGCUGAAAUACUUAGAGAAGACUUCAGAACUUUCUCUAUUUCUGCCCUACUUUUAAGAAGUUGCUGUAUAUUUCAGUAUUGACUAUACCUUCAUUGGAUCAAUAAGUUCAGUUAUAGGAAAGGGAUCUUUGUAGCUUUAAGUUUGUCUGAAAAGAAAAAAAAGGGACAGCUUUUUAAGCAUUGGAUUAUACUUAAAAAUUAUGAUGGAAAUAAAAUGUCAACUUGAAUACUGGUAUUAAACAUAAUCUAAUUCUCCAGUAAAAGCAUUUCUAUGAGUAAAUGGCAUUAUUUCCCCAGUUUUCCUAGUUUACCCCUUUAAUUUAUCAAUGUGCUGUUAGCACCUUUACAUACUUCCCUAGAAAGACUUUUGGUUGAAAGCUUACAAGGAAGGGAGCAGAUAAUUUGUGAUUUUGUAUGUUGGUCAUUAACUGAAUAAUCAACAUUAGAUUUGAAAGCCCUUAAGCUAUACAUAACUAUCUGGCAAGUGAUGUAUUCUCUUGGUCACAUCCACUAUUACUUAUGGAGGGCAACCGCCUGUUUCCUUUAGACACAGCCAUUGCUGGGGUUUUCAAAAAGUUUUCUAAUACAGUAAAGGUGAUGGGGUGUCUCCUGCAGGCAAGAAAUCCCAUGGAAUCCCCUGAAUGACAACAUUCUCAAGCUAAAGGCAAAAUUGUAUUUUUAAAACUCAGAUUGUAUCUGUUUCCUGACUUAUUCCCCCCUCCCUUCUUUUCUUUGCUUUAUUUUUAAAAAGUGUAUCUCAAAGGCAUUGUCUAUUCUGAAAAUUCCUUUGCUCUGGAAGAGGCUUUAAAGUUGACCUUCGGUGGCUCACAACCUUGUGAGUUUCCCAGGGGAAAUAUGAAACCAGCCCCCAUAAAGGGAGGCCAGGGAGAGACAAAGAAAGAGGGGCAGGUUUACAAGGAAGGAAACAAUAUCAGGCUUGUCUUGAGUGGCCACAAAACAAAUAGAUCUCUGCAUCACCCCUCAGAAUCUUAAAGUUUAUACAGAGGGCUGGGUUCGGUCACCCACACAGUCCACAUGUCUCAGCACCACCUUACUGUCAGGGCUGCAUCCUGGGAACAGUCCCAGGUGGGAAUGGUGGGCAGAACUACAUCCCAAGGAUGGAGGAGAAAACAAGGAGCCCCCGAUUUUGGUCAACCAGUGGUCAUAUUCUCUGGAUGACCUCCUCUAACAGACUUUGGCUGUUUGCCUUUUUAAAGGAAAAUACCAGUGAUAGAUAACUAGUUAUUUAUUUUUAAAUUCAGUUUGUGUCUAUAAUCAUUUCCCAAGGUUUAUGAGAUGCAGUUUGGUUUACAGAGAAAGGUAUAGUCAAGAAGUUAGGAGGAGCAGGUUCUGAUAUAAAGUCUGUAUAACCACCGGCACUCUUCUAAACUCAAUAAAGAACAUUUCAAAGUAUAUGUGAAAAGUGAAACUAAGUAUCAGAACUAGGAAAACAGAAGAAUGAGCAAAGUAAUUUAAAUGUUAAGCACUCUGUUCACCAGGGACCGUGCACCGUGUGUACAGGAACUGAUGAGAGAUCCUGACUUGGGAGAAGGAGACUAGCAUUUCUAGGCUAUAUGCUCUGUGAAAGGCUGGCCCAAAGUACUACAGGAGCCCAAGGUGGAGUGCCUAGGACUUUAUGGGUAAAGAAGCCAGGGAAACAGCUACAAAAGAUCACCAGCACUGUGUAUAGCUUGAUCAGAAGUGUGAGGCAGGACUUGGAGGGCCUCGGUGCUGUCCGUGCCGAGGGCUGCCUGGAAUGGGAUCCACAGAAGAGUUUCAGGCAGGGAGGUGACAGCAUCAGCCUUCAGGAGGAUCAGGCCAAAGUGCCAGACUCUGAACUGGGGCAGGCAUAGUAGCAUUCUGUCACAAAUGUAUGUGUGUGUUUGUAUGUGUGAUAUGUAUUUCUGUAUUGUUAAUUUUGAGAUUUAAUUUCACAUGACAAUAGCAUUGUGAUUGAUUAAGUUCAAAGCUCAUUCUUUUUUAAUGGCAAUAUUGAAAAACAGAAAAAGUUAUUUGAGAUCCCACUACCGAGGGAUUAUACAGAUGCUGUCGGUUGACCUAUACUGUCUCUCCGGUUGUGGGUGUUAUCAGGCUAUUUAAUUCUAGCCCAUUUGAUGAAUAGAAAACAGAUAUGUCAAAUUGCAUUUCUUUGAAUACUAAUGAAAUUCUGCAUUUUUCUCUGUAUUCUUUAGCCUUUUAAAAAUCUUUUCUGGCAUGUAUUUAUCAAGUCGUUUGCUAAUUCUCCUGGGAUAGUCUUCUUUUUUUAACAAACAUAAUCUUCUUUUCUACAUAUAUAUAUAUACAGAUAGUCCUCAGUGUAUAUUGGUUGGAAAUAUUUCCUAGUUUGUUUUGGGUUCUUGUGCCAUGUUCUCUUCAAACACUGCAGCCUAGAUUUUUUCUCCCUCAGCAUUGGUGAAAAAGUUCAUACAAGUGAAUCCCUAAAGCCACAUCAGAUGUCUUCUUGUGUGGCUUGAGUGACUUGAUAGACUUCUAUUGGUGCCCCUUUUUCCUUUUCCAGGGAUUCAGACCAAAGUCUUCUAUGAAUCAGGUUAAUUCUUUGUCCUUUUUUCAUUAGGCAUGGUUCCCCAACCCUGGUACUACUGGCCCUUCGGGAUGGGUAGUCUUUGUUGUAGGGUGGUUAUCUUGUGAAUUAUAGGAUAUUUAGUGUUAUUUUUGGCCACAAGGAUGCCCCUAGCUACCCCUAGUCAUGACCAGAAAAAAAUAUCUCCAUACACAUGCAUUUCAUUUCAUGUAACCCUUAACAUUUAAUGGAGAGCUGACCAUGUGCCAAGGAGUGUUUUAGGUGCAGGAAUACAGGGGCCAGUGAGACAGAGACGGUCCCUGUUCUCAUGGAGUCUGUCUGCAUUCUCACAAUGGCAGGCAGCAGUUGGGAGUAGAGGGAAGAUGGUAGUGAACAUGGUAGAUGAAUAAACCAUCCAUUGGGUUUGGUAAAUUUGAUUAUUCUAUAAAUUAGACUUCAUGGAAUAAUAUUCUUAGGUUAAUGACUUACUGAAAAAUUUCAACUUCUAUGUGUUAUAACCAUUCAGACAAUCAAAUGGCAAAUGAAAUUAAUUUUAUGUUCUUUGUCCAUUUUACAGAAAAAAACUGUUCUUUUGGUGAUUUCCCAAUUUGAUUGGAGAUGCUUUUAUAAGUCUUGAAUAUAAUAUUUCCGUUUGGUAGGCUCUUGAAUUCUUAAGGAAACAAACCUUGAAUAUAUGGCAGUCACAGAUCAUAAAAAUAUCAAAACAUUCCCUAGCUUUCCUGAGGAAAAUUGUUGCCUUUGUAAACCAAGGAAGCCUACCUUGAAUUCUUCUCGCAUUUUCUCUAAUCCAGUCUAGCUCUUUACCCAAACUGUCCUUGUCAAGAUUACCUGUAACUUCCAUGUUGCUUAAGCCAGAGGUGAAUGCAUGGGUGUCAUCUUCCUAACCUAUCAGUUGCUUUUGACUCACCAGUCAUUCCCUCCAUGAUUUGUUUUCUUCAUUUUGGCUUCCAAGACACCGUCUCCUGGUUUUCUUCUGCCCUCACUGGCUUUUGGUUUUGUCUCCUUCAGACCUUCCUAAUUAAUGUUGGUGUGCUCCAGGCUCAGCCCCUGGGCUGCCUCUCCACUAACACUAGCUGCCUUGGUCUUACACAGUCUCAUAGCUCUGAUACAGUCUGCAUGCUGGCAACUCCCAAAUGUGUGUCUCCAGCCAGGUCUUGAACUCCGGACCCCUCUCAGUCUCCACUUAGAUAACUCACGGACAUCUCAAAUAGUGUGUCCAAAGCCAAGCUAUCGUCCGCAGCCUUUUCCGUCUCCAUAAUGGUAGCAUCUCUUCCUCUCACACCCCACAUACUAUCUAACAGCAAGACCUGCUGGCUUUUCUUUUAAAAUCAAUCCAGGACCCAUCAUCUUCACAUGAAUUCCUGUGCUCCGUGAAAGUCUCUUAAGUGGUUUACUGGCUUCUUUGAGACUGCGGCCUUCCCCACACCCAGCACCUGCUGUCUCCUUACCCUUGCAGAGGUUCAGAAUGUGUCACCCCAAAAUUGCCACUUUGGCAUAUCGAUUAUUUUAAUUAAAUUUAAUAGAGAAACAACCACCACUACCCUUCCACCCCCACAUACAGAAAACAUCAGUGUUUAAUACAGCAGCCAAAGAGAUCCUUCCAAAAUGUUCAUCAGUUCAUGCUACCCUGGUGCUUCCUAUCUCAGCAGAAACCAGAGUGCUGACAGUGACCUCCAGGGCUCUGGAAGACCUGCUCCACCUCCCGCCCCCACUUAUCUCUGCCUGCCCUCCUUUGCUUACUCUGCUUCAGUCAUGCUGUUGUUCUGGACUGGGGGGCACAUCCUCACCUCAGGCCUUCAGUGCUUGCUAUUCCCUCUGCCUGGAGCGAUCAGUUCCAGUGAAUCCUUUGUCUCCUUCAAGUCUUUGUCAAAUGCUGCUUUCUCAGUGAGGCCUGCUCUGACCAGUUUGAGACUGCGGCCUUCCCCACACCCAGUGCUUUCUGUCUCCUUACCCUUGCAGAGGUUCAGAAUGUAUCACCCCAAAAUCGCCACUUUGGCAUAUCGAUUAUUUUAAUUAAAUUUAAUUGAGAAACAACUAGUGCAAAAUGGAACUCUUACCCUUCUUUUUCUCCAUGAAAGCAGGAGAUAGAUCUCCCUUGUGAGAUGUACCCCCUCGUCUACCAGGGGGUGGAAGGCAUCCUUAUCGUCAGAGAUGGAGUUUAGGGCCAAAGAGGCUGUGUAAACAAAUCUUGUUCCUUUCUCACCAGUUUGCUACCCAAAUGCUAUUGUCUUGUCAAUUCUUCGCAAAUUUAUUGUAUCUUUGUCUAAAAGGUAUAAAGGCUUCCUGCUUUGGUCACUUCACUGAGACUCAUCUUUUUAUGUGGCUCCCAUUCAUACAAAAAAUUUUUUUUCCUCUAGUUAGUCUGUCUUAUGUCAAUUUUAUUAGACUAGCCAAAGAACCUAGAAGGGAAAAAGGGAAAAUUUUUCUGCCUUUACACCAUUUGACUUGUUUUCCAUUAUGCUUAUCACCUAUGAUAUUAUUUGCUUAUUUACUUUGUUUCUCACUCCCCUCACUAGAAUGUGAUCAUAUCAGUUUGAGAUACAGCCAAGAAUUAAAAGUAAAAAAAUGUAAAACCAUUAUCUGGCAAAAUACACAAAUGCACAAAGACGUGUAAAAUCAUGGCAAUAGUGUUACAAUAGUGAAAAAUAGGGGAGAGGCAAAUAUCUCAGCAUGAUAAGUGGAUUUGAUAAUAUAUAUACUGGAAUAGUUUCAAGUGAUUAGAAAGUUAUCUGUAUGUGCUGACAUAGAUGUAUAUGUGAAGUAAUAUAUACAAAAUUAAGAAUAAAACAAACUGUGUAAGAAAUGUAUUAACAGUGUAAGAGUCAAGCAUUCCCAUAUAAGAUUUUCAUCUUGAAAAAGAAUGCAGAAGAAGUAAGAAACAUCAGACUUGUUCCCAUUGACAUCAGAAACACGACAGGAAUGUCCAUACUUACUCUUCUGGAGGUUAUAAAAAAACAUUCAGAUGAGAAAAAGAAUAUGGAGCUAUAUAGAUUGAAAGAGAAAAAUAACAUUACUAUUAUUUGUAGAUAAUAUGGCUGAAUAUGCAGAAAAUUCCAAAGAACCUACGGGAAAAACUAUUACAAAAAGAUAGAGGGAGUAAGAGAAUUCAGUAAGGUGGCUAGGUGCAUAGUUAAUAAUAAAAAUCUGUUGCUUUAUACAACUACUAGUUAGAAGAUGCAUUUCAAGAAAAAGCCCUAUUUAUAAUAACCGAAAAGAUGAAAUACCCAGGUCUUUUUGAAGAAAACUUAAAAACACUACUGAAAGUCACAAAAGAAGACUUGAAAAAGAUGUCCUCAGAGCCUUGGCAUCAUGCACAUGGCAUCAGCCAGUCCCUGAGGAAGGGUUAAUGCUAAGGUAUCAGGCUUAUUAUAAUAACACCAAUCAUUAAAACAGCAAGGUACUGUCCAUGAAACAAAAUAGGUAAUGUACAAAUAGACCAAAGUGUACAUGGGAAUGUGGUACAUAAAAGGUACCAAUUAACACCACCACAGAAAACAUAGCUCAUUUAUGAAGUGGUAUUAAGACAACUAAAUAAAUCACCAGGAGAAAUUAGGUUUCUGAAAGGAUUUCAGUCUAAGAUGGAAAGGGAGGUUAUGAAAUGGAGAAAUCUCACAAAUGUGCCCUCAGAAGAACAGAAUUUAAGAAAUGAGAAAUCUGAUUUCCUUUAAAUGCCUGGCUGAUAGACCAAGACUUACCUCCUGACCAAUGAGAUCCCGCCAAGACUCUCUUUCCACCCUGCAGGCAGUGAACUUACUGCUGGGCUCUGGCUAGACGUCCCCUGUGUUGUGCUCCUUGCCCAUAACCACAGCCCACCCCAGACUCUCAAUGGACCUGGUUGAAGCUUGCUACAGCCUGUCUCCUGAAUCGCAAUUCCUCUGCUUUUCCCAAAUAAACUCAAUUUCUUGUAAUUUGA